AUGUCUCUCAUAAAUUGGCUCAGAACUGGUCAGUCACUCAUUAAUACUCAGGGAAAAACUAGAAAGGAAAAGCGCGGUAUAGUAGCAGCAUCGUUCGAGGUGCAAAAUGAGGAUGAUCUCACAAAAAUGUACAAACGUGGUGAAUAUCGCCAAUGGUCCUCAAAAGAAAAAAUGAACAUAGCCAAACAUGCCCAUUUACAUGGUAAUUCGCAAACAGCGCUUAAUGGUGGAUGGUCAGAUUGGGGCCAAUAUGGCCAAGAUUGCACCGAAGACUGUUACUCGUCAAGGACACGAACUUGUAAUAAUCCACCACCGAGGAAUGGUGGACAGUCGUGUCGAUCCAACAGUAGACAGAGUGAAAAGUGCUAUUCUCUCACGCCAAGCAGAUGUAGAGAAUAUCCCAUAGAUAACUGCAACAUAACCAUGUGUGCUAAUGUCAGAGACAAAUGCAGUGCGGCGUGUGAUAAAUGUAACUAUGACUAUGGAACUCUUGGAAAAGCGUAUGAAAAAAUAAACAGAGGUCGUGCAUGUGUAGAAUUGUGUUCAUGGAGACGUAGAUGGUGUUACCCGGGAAAAUGUCAACCAGGCCCAAGCUGUACUUGUUCAACUGGAUUUUCUGGAUACAAUUGCAACAACAUUGAACUAAAACCAGAUUAUCCGAAGUGCGAAGCGACAUUAGUUAUGGUUGAAAACGAUAACAAAGUAUUAACAGAAUGCAAUGAUACUACACCUGUCUCACCUAUAUAUACAAAUCUGUUAAGCAUAAACAGAAUCGACGUUUCAUGGAAGACGAUUUUUAAAAUAGAGAUAAAUUCUCUCCCUGCGUUUCAUAAAAACUUCAAAGAAGGAGCAAACUUAAAGCUGGGAAUUAUUUCAUCAUCAGGCCGUCUCAUCUUAAAAAGAGGUGGAGUGACACGUCAACCGAUUGCAAUGACGUGCGAAGCUGGGUCGAGAGAUUCACCAAGCCAAGAUACUGUUGUUUGUAACUCAACAAAGAAAUUGCCUUGGGGGAAAUUCAAGCACAAUGACAGGUUAGAAUUCACAGCUUCUGCGACAAAUGGCGGCUACCUCGAGUUUUACAAUCCUGAACAAAUGAUGAAUCAAACAGAAUAUUACAGGGGUAGCUUAAGGAACCACGAUGCCUUGUUUAUAUUCGAUGCUGUCAAUCCUUAUCAUUGUUCAAGUACAUCAUCUUGUAGCCAUGCCUUAAUGGAAUUUGGCAAGGACAUAAGAAAGGUCGGUAUUAACAUUAGCUGGGAUGGAUGGCUGGACGAUCAUUCUGGAAUAAGGGAGUAUGAUAUUGAUAUAUAUUUGACCUCAAAAAACCACAGUGGUCUCAGAGAAAGCCAUCCAGCCAUGAAAACGUUUCAGAAGUGGAAAUCUGGAGAUCCAAUUCCAAGUUUUACACCACAAAUAGCUGGUACAUACUCAAUUGUUCUCACAGCAGUAGAUAACACAGGUCAUGCCGGAUCUAGUGGUAAUGUACAGACAGCUAGACGAUUGUUCAUAUAUGACAACAACUCUGUUGUAGAUAUAGAACAACUUAAACCAUUACUACCCAUAUCUGCAUCUCUGAAUUUUUCAUCGGGUAAUUCUACAUCAAAUAAAAUGUGCCACUGGCAGCAUAAUUUACAGGAUGCACGUGGAAAAGGUGAGAGUGUAGUGUUUAAAUGGACUGAUAGAUUUAUUAACCGUUACCACCAUAUGAAUAAGAUUCUCGGAGCAGUAGAUGAUUAUCAGGAAAGAGAAAUUCUGCCUGGAUACGAUGACAUUGAUGAAGGUGAGAGAACACGCUCGGCAAUUCCAAACGCCAAUGCGUUAGUAAGAUUUGACUACACUUUCCUCAAAGACCAUAGUGGCGGUAGAACCAUAACGACAAUGCCUGAAGACAACUGGAAUCCUACAGACAAUGUGCUCGAUCAAGGCCAACGGUUAGACAUACCGAGAGAAGAUGGUGACACAGUACGAUUCUGGGUAAGAGCCAUAGAUGUUAUGGGAACUUAUGUUAACGAUAGCGUUUGUGUUCAUUUUGACUCGUCACCACCAGUCAUAGAGGACAUCUGGCUUGUUAAUAAUGGCAGAGAACAACUUGCAGUCCACAAUGUGAGAGAUCUUUAUGAGAUGCGAUUCCGAUUCAAAGCAUUUGAUAUACACAGCGGGCUGCACACAGUUCAUUGGAAACUAUAUGACAACUAUACCGAUACUGAAGAGACACUAGGAGAGGGACAUACACAUGUAAUAAAGAUAGACAACACUACACAGGAUGCAUCAAGUUAUUGUGUACCAGCAGGGCAGUGCUAUGGAAUACAGUAUGAUAUCAAACCAGACCGUAUGGACUUUCCCAAGCCUAGAGGCACACAUGAACACGACUACUUUCUGAUAAUAACGGUCACCAAUGUUGCUCGAUUAGUCUCAACUCUUACUCUAAAAAUAACAAUUGAUACAUCUCCACCCCACCCUGGUGUUGUACAAGAUGGACAUUCUGGUAGUGCGGAAGUUGAUUUCCAGCAGGAUUAUACAUUACAUGCACAUUGGUCUCAGUUCUUCGACAGAGAAAGUGGCAUCAUGUUUUACAGAUAUGGGUUUAGUAAUAGCUGCCUUGAAGCAGAUGCCUUCACUGGCAUCAAUCAAACAUCAAUGGUAGAGAAUACAACUUUAACUGAAGUUAGUACAACUGCUCCUGGACCUGGAAAAUAUUUUUGCACUGUGGUUGCCUUCAAUGGUGCAAUGGAACCUUCCGAACCUGUUUGCUCAGAUGGUGUCACGAUAGACAUUACUCCUCCAUAUGUGCAUUCAAUUAUCGUUGAUCACAUAAACACUAGACCCGGUGUAGUAACACAUGAUAAUUCUACAUGGCUCAUAACAAGGCACGGCUACAAACAACGAUUGAAUGAAUCAGCAUGCAGAGGAGUAGAGGUACCUGACAUCAGUGUAUUCGCUGAGACCAAAUAUAAUGCAGAUAGUUUAGGGUGCAAGAUUGGUGCCUUUAGCAAUCGACUGUAUCUGACACAGGAAAGACAGCUACGUGUGAACUGGACAGGAUUUGACGUUGAAUCAGAAAUAUUCGACUUUGAGCUAGGUUUAAGCAGCACAAAUUCUCCACUUGCUCCUGAUGUAAUGCCAUUUAAAUCGACGAACCAGAGACCUUCAUGGAACCUCUAUCAUCCACGACUAUCUGAGGGCCAGCUCAUCUAUAUAAUCAUUAAAGCCACCAACAGGGCCAGGAUGACAAAUUCAAAGGUAUAUGGCCCUUUGAUCAUAGAUGUCACUGCACCCAAAUUUGAAAGUGAAAUUAAAGUGAGUGAAGAAGGGGAAUAUUUGCGAGUGGAUUGGGAUUCAUCAAAAGUAUAUGAUGCAGAAGAUACAGAAAAAUUGCAGUAUUUGAUCGCCAUUGGACAAGACAAUUACCACAGAGACAUGCUUGACUUCUCUCCACUUAUGUCCGGAGGUUCUUGUAAUGUUUCUUACCAUAACUGCACAGCAGUUCUUCUUACUAAGUUAAAUAUUCACCCUGUCCAUCCGCAAACACUGAUAGCGUCCAUUAAAGUAACAAAUGCAGCUGGUUUGUCAACAAUUGCCUCAUCCAAACCAUAUGUACAUUACACAACUUUACCAUAUGUUGGGAUUGUAAAAGAUAUUUUGCCAUAUGCAGAGGUUGAGAAUGAGAUGAUGAACGAUUACGACAUCGAUUAUCAAUUGACCUCUUCAUCUAUUCGGGGAAAAUGGAGUGGAUUUAUCCACCCGCAUCUCAAAGUAACAUAUAAGAUGGGGAUAGGUACAGUAAAAGGAGAAGAUGACGUCUUUGCAUUUACAGAUGUGGAUGGGACGCAGUAUGAAUCAACACAACUUGACUUAAAAACACACGAGACGUAUUACAUCACGGUGAUCGCGCAGUCAUCAACUGGUAGCGUAAAUUCCACGUCAGAUGGUGUGACAAUUGUAGCACAGAAUAGAACAAUCAAUGUUGAUAUCCAUGAUGGAUUGGGAUGUCCUGACAUGGGCAACACCAAUCUGAAGUUCCCAUGCAGAAAUGAUAUUCAGUUCCAAUCCAGCGUUACAGAUCUCGCUGCACAUUGGAAGAUUCCAGAGACAUAUAAGCCGUUCAUAAGUCAUGGAUUCUACAGAAUCGAGCAGUAUAAUGAAGAUACAAUGGCAUGGAUACCAGAGUGUCCAUAUACUGAAAUUCUUCCUAUUGGUGAAAACAUCACUUUGACCAACUUAGAGUUGUCAUCUGGAUCCACAUACAGAACUGUUGUUAAGUUUUGUACACCUGCAUCAUGCUUUCUCCCACGUUCAAGUAAUGGUGUAACAAUACAUAAUCAGCCACCAAUAACUGGUGCAAUGAAUAUAAAUAGUUCCAAAGAAGGAAGCAACAUUACCAUUGUAUUUGAUGAAUUUCAGUCCAUUUUAUCAAAUGGUCAAUCUGUUGUGGACUUUUACGAAUGGACACUAUCUUUAGAUACCAAUGCCAAUGGUAUCGAAAAGCCUUGGGAAAGAGUCCAAGCUUAUCCAAUAAAUGGUUCCAUUACAUUUAACUUGGAAAAUUCUCUGCUGAACCCAAAUGAAUUGAAUAAGUGUUGGCACAUCUGUGUUCGUGGAUGGACCUUUGCUGGGUUAUCAUCAACAAUAUGCAAGGAAAUUGUGGCUUGCAGUGACAUUACUACAAAUAAAAUACAUAAAACAAUUGUGUUCGAUGUCAAAGGACCUGUCACGUGGAUCAAAAACCAGCGUCUUGAACAUGAUGAUGUCGAUUAUUCAUCUAGUAGAGAUACAAUAUCAGCAGUGUGGCCCUCCUUACGCCAUGGGAAAUAUAGCUGGGCAGUUGUACAACCACCAACGGGAACAUUAGAUGUUGAAGCUAUUCCAAUCAAACUAUGUGAAAUGCGUGAUGCUAUAACAUGUGGAGAAACAGAAGACGAGUAUGUUAAUGCCAAUAACCUGACUGUAACCCACGGGAAAACUUACUUUGUUUGUAUAUUUGCAAAUGAGACUGUUCUUAAUCACGAACGAUUUAAGGAACAUCAUCCUGAAAUUAAGACAUGUAGCGAUGGUGUCAAGAUAGACUGGACUCCACCUGACCCUGGAAUCGUAGAUAUACACGCCUACACGCAUCCACUUGGUACACAGGGAUACCAGACUUCCAGAAGUCAAAUAUCUGUUUCCUGGUCACAAUUCUCAGAUACAGAUGAUGUAACAUCUUCCACUGACGAACGGCAUACGGGAAUUAAAUACUACCAGUUUGCAGUUGGUGGGCACUCGUAUGGAGUCGAUGUAGUCGGAUUUACAAGAAUCGGAAUUGGAAAUCGCCAUAUUAUCACUGGACUUAAUCUUACAAAUGGUCAUGAAUAUUUUGUGACAAUAAAAGCUACAAACUACGUCGAUCUAUCAAGUGAUGUUUGUAGUUCGCCUGUCAUAGUUGAUUUCACUCCACCACGGUUGACGCAAAAAGCUCAUGUUCGACUCAGAAAUCUGGUUGGACAAACCAAUAAAGAACUCCUUGCAGAUUGGUUUGGCGUGUUUGCUGACGAGGAAAGUGGAAUUAUUCAUUACACUUGGUCCAUCGGAUCUGAACCUGGGUUUGCCGAUAUCAGUGGUCCACAUCAGACAAAAUAUACAUCGACUAUGUCUGAUCCAACUUCCCAAAAUCUUGACCUUUUGGACGGACAUGUGUACUUUGUUACAGUCAAAGCGUACAAUAGGGUCGGGCUGCAUACAACUACAAGUUCACACGCUUUCAUAGUAGAUGCAUCUCCUCCCAUCGUUGGCCACAUAUACGAUGGCACAAUCGAAGAGACGGAUAUCUACAAUCGAGAUAUUGACUACCAGACCAAUGCUACCAGACUGUGCUCCCAUUGGGAAGGAUUUUCAGAUCCACAUACUGAACUUAUUGAACAUCUUUGGAAAGCAGGAAGCUGCCCUACCUGUGAUGACAUUAUACCAGAACAUGCUGUUGGUCUAAAAGAAGAAGAAUGUAUGGAUUCACUAAAGCUUGCACAAGGAAAGAAAUAUUAUUCAACCAUCACUGUAUGUAACCAGGCUGGUCUAUGUGUAUCUAGUUCAACAGAUGGUGUCACGAUAGAUAGCUCUCCACCGAUUGCUGGCGUCGUUGAGGACGGAACUGUAUCGGAAGACAUCCAGUUUCAAGCAUCGAAAGAUGUACUCUCUGCUCAUUGGAUUGGGUUUCACGAUGCUCAUAGUGGACUAUCUAGAUAUGAAAUGCGCGUUGGUACCAUCGUAGGAGCAGAUGACAUCAUCUCACCAACACAAGUGCAUCUUACUGAGUCUAUAUUCAAACCUCUAAGCACUCCUUUGCCUGUGAAUAAAACGAUCUACGUAACAAUAAGGGCAUACAAUUUUGCAGGAUUGUAUGCAGAAGCUUCUAGUAAUGGAUUCACAGUGGAUACGACACCACCGACUGUUAUUGAACCAGCCACAGUAAAUCUAAAUCAUGGAUCAAUUCAAGAAAAUAUGCAGGUCUGGAGGAGCUCGCUGGCUGUCACAUGGAAGUUUGAUGACAAUAUAUCUGCAAUUGAAAGACAAUAUGUCAGCAUAUUUGCACACAUGGAUGGUGAUCUGGAUAUUCCUACUGUUGAGGUGGGAACUCGUGACAAAUAUACCUUUAGCAACCUGACACUUCGAGAUGGUACAGAAUAUUACGUAACAGUCAUCGCUUGCAAUAAAGCGCAACUGUGCUCUAGUAGCACGUCACAGCAUUUACUGGUUGACUCAUCGAGACCAAGCGUCGGAACCUUUGCUAGUUGGACAAACCAUGCUGCAAAUGUUGGCAGAUAUGAAGAUGGAUUCAUGACUUGGAAUGGAGCUGAUAUUUCGUUGCAUUGGCUAGGGUUCGAGGACCACCACUCUGGAAUAUCACAUUAUUUAGUUACAGUCGGGGAGACGUUUGCUGGACAUGAGUAUACUCCUGAUGGUCCUAUUAUGAUAACCCACAAUACAUCUGGACAGAGACAAAAGGAAGGCGUGAUACAAACUGCUGAUAUCACACUGGGCAGAACGCUGGUUGAUUCCAAGAAGAUCUUUGUAAAAAUAUGGGCGGUUAAUGGGGUUGGGUUGCCAAGUUUAGUCGCUCAUAAUUCAUUUGACGUUAUUGUAAACUCACCUGGUAAGGGUGUGCUUGUCCUGACCCGCCGCUGCAUUACACAUAGUUGUGAGGGACAUUGUAUAUGUGCUCCUCAGAAUCAACGAUGCGACCUCAAUAUCAACAAGACAUGCACAGAAGCAAAACAUGGUGAUAACGCCAUGAUAGUUGUAAACGAUACACAGUCCAUUGGUUACUUUGAGAAGUCCGAUCAUAUACUCGAAGACAUUGACUUCACCCAUUCUGAUUGCUUUUUGGCUGCAGGAUGGUCACUAUCAGAAGGAAAUGGAAAGACGCCAGUUCGAUACGAAUAUACAGCAGGGUUAGAUGGAUCUGAUGUUGGAAGUGGUGUAUUCGAUGAUGUAGCUCGUGACCGGAUUUGGUUUGAAACUGGAUUUUACAACCAUGCAGUUAUAACUCCCACCUUAAGUCGACUUUAUCAAGGACAAAAGUACAUAUUCUAUGUACGAGCGUGGUACAAUGACUCCACAUAUACCGUGUUCCAAUCUGAUGGGAUAACAAUUGAUAUUACACCACCUAUGGUUUCACGUAUAAGACACGUUGAGGAAAGUGAUGAUGCGAUUGUUAGGUUUGACAAAGACUUCACGAGCAAUGUUGAUAGCAUCGGUGUUAGUUGGACUGGUGUGUUUUCUGAUGAGGAAUCUGGCAUAUCUCAUUACCUGUUGGGAAUCGGAACUGCUUUACAAGAUGACGAUACCUUUAAGUUUAAAAUACAGACUAAAACCAGUGCCCGGUUGACUGGGUUGUCUUUGACGCCUGGUCAGAAGUACUACACAACGGUAAUCGCAGUGUCAAACACUGGAUUAGAAACGUCUAAGGUCUCAGACGGAUUCGUUGUAGAUAUAGAGCCACCAGUACCUGGAAUAGUUCUUGAUGGCAGAUUUCUACACGAUGAUGACUACACCAACGAGACGACAGUACUUCACGCACAAUGGCAUGGCUUCUAUGACCGUCACAGUGGGAUUGACCACUAUACUUGUUGUAUAGGGACUGAACCAGACACUCCAACAUGUGAUGUGGUUCCAUCUCAUAAUGUUGGACUACAGACCGCUGUGUCGAUAACAACCAACAGUCCUUUGAAGUCUGGUAAAUACUACACAAAAGUGCAGGCAAUGGAUGCUGGAGGACAUCGUUCAACUCUAGUAUCAUCUGAUGGGGUAACUGUUGAUACAACCCCACCCGACAUAAUGCAUGUAGCAACGACCGGCGCAAACUUACUUCAAAAUCCGUCCUUUGAGGAAGACGAAUCGAAGUUUGAUAUCCAUGAUCAUCCACUGUGGUUCAACUCAACCAACUCAGCUCCCCGUCAUUGGAAAAUAACGCCGGGAACUAAGGUUGUUGUCGUGAACAGCAAGGAUGGCGAAGCGAGAGAUGACAACAAUGCGUGUCUUUUGUUGGGUGGUAUCUUUCAAAAUAUAGCGACAGAUAUAGGAAGUGUAUACGCAGUUCAGUUCUCCGUGAGUCACCCACCAAACCCUCCGAUAAAACAUAUGAUGCAAACUGGCAAAAUUAUCAUUCCUGGCGCAGAGGAAACAUUCCACAUCUUCCCACGUCAAGACGUCACUAAAAAUAACAACGGCCAUCCAAAUUUGAAAUCGAAAGAAUUCUCCCAAAUAGCUUGGCAUAAACAUCUGUACACAUUUGUUGCGAAAAAUGAUACAUCCACGAUAGGAAUAGAAACAGUGGGGCGAAAUGCUGGGUUAUUAGUCGAUGCCGUUAGAGUUGAACUGAUGAAUCACGUAUCGACAGGUGGGGAGAUAGAAGUUACCCAUCAGCAAGCUGGGGAAUGGUCCUCAAUACAUGCUCAUUGGCAGGUGUUAGAUUAUGAAAGUCAUAUCGAUGAUGUAUCAUGGGCUAUAGGUCUCGUACAAGGCGGAACCCAGCUGCAAUCAUAUAUCAGUGUUGGGCGGAAAUCAUAUGGGAUAAACACGAAUCUCCAUCUUGUUCAUGGCAUGGUGGUUCACGUGACUCUGUUGGUGCGCAAUAACGCAGGCUUGGCUAGCGUCAUAUAUGCUGAUCCAAUUGUUAUUGACCACACGCCCCCUGUCAUCAAACACGUAUGGCAUAGUCAAGAUCAAGAAAUUCGAUAUCAGAAAGGACACAACUUAACUGCCAAGUGGGAAGUUGAAGAUACUGAAACAGGAACAAGCCAUUGCAAAGUCGCAUUUGGAAACAUGCCUGGUUCAGACAAUGUGGUUGGUUAUACACAUGUUGCAUUUGUCGGAAAUCCAAUGGUGUUUACAUUUUCCAACCAUGUUAUGAUCGAACAUGGGUCAACGAUCUAUGCAACCGUUCGUUGCUUCAACGCCCACGGCCUGUGGAGCGAGGCCUCGUCUUCUGGAGUAAAAUUAGUUCACCAGCCCCCUGAUGUCUCAACUGCAUUGAUUGAAACAUUGCCCAACAAAAACUCACACUUUACGUGUAAAGAUGGAAUACAAAAUGACAUUGAUAUGAUUCGAAUCAAAUGGGAUGGAUUCCGGAAGCAUCGUGAUUCUAUUCAUCAUUAUACGUUAAACAUUGGGUCGACAAGUGCAAACCAACUGAAUUCCUCAUAUGAACUUGGGGUUAAUGGACGACAGCAAGUCACAAUGAAACCUAUUGCUUUCAAACAAAACCAACAAUACAAGGCGAUGAUCCAGGCUGUUGAUAUGGUUGGAGGUAUCAGUGACGGUGUUCAAGUAUUCUUUACUACAGAAACACUUCCACCUAAUAUAACAGAUGUUAAAAUGACAACUGCUUGGUUGGAUGAAACUACAGUACUGUUGUCAUGGGCAGGUGUAUUCAUAUCCGACAGCGACCUCUAUUAUGAACUUACUAUUGGAACAAAUCCUGGCGGAAGUGACAUCAUGAAAUGGGUUGAAACAAAAGAAACAGCUUUCACACUUUAUGCUGUUGAUAAUUCACUUGGCCAUUAUUUGACAGUGACUGCUAUAAAUUCGGCUGGGUUUUAUACCUCGAGUAUUCUAUCAUUUAGUUACGAGAAAUGAAGGGCUGUAAAUUGCCCCGAACAAGACAAUGCUGCUUGCACCA